AUGCUAAGCACCAUCGUACGGUUUUCCGUACUUCCCCUUAUACUCGCAUGGCUAGUCUUGCUGGCUGCCCCCGUUCAGGCAGACAACUUCCUUUCGCACGCCUACGAGAGGCUAUGGCUCUGGGAGAGAUAUCAAAUUGCCUGUGCCAUUGAAGGACCAGACAAGCAGCAAAGCAUCCUUCCAUUUAAGACGCAAAAGGGCCAGGAGUCAAAGAACAACAAAGGCACAGGCCCCGAUAAGAUGCUCACUUACACCGAGUUCAUCACUAGGCUUGAUGACAAGCCACUCCCACCGGACGUUGGCAAGCUUACACCUCCCGGUGAUGGCAGAAGCGUCACCGAUGCUGUGUCCGAGCUGAUCAAGAACAAAGUCACUGGGGAAUUGAACAUCAUCACCAUUGACCCCAGUCUUCGAGGCAAGAACUACAACAAACCCCCAGAGAGCGGUGGGGGCAAGAAGCCAGGUACCAACGGCGGAUCAAGGUCUCUUUAUGAUCCCAAAGACCCUUACAGAACCCCGUAUACAGUUCUCUUCGACAAACUCGAGAAUUCAUUGUCAAAGUACCGCCUCGAUGACAAGAACAAAGCCGUCAUCGACAAACAUAUAGAAAACCUCAAAGCAUGCAGCAAGGCAACUGUCCAACUCCGUGCUGAAAAGACAAUGGACUUCGUUGCGAAGAAACUCGCUGCUCCAGUAGCAGACGGUGGCCUCGGUAUCGACGUCAGGCUCACAUGGAAAGAUUCCACCAUCCCGGGUGCAGACAAAUAUCCGGAGAUCGAUUUUAAGGAAACCUACGAGGCCAACAAGGAAAAGCUCAAGAACGCCGGAUUCAAGAACAGAAAGGACGUAACGGACUGGGUUACUCGCUUUGGAGAUCCCAAGUAUGCUGGAAAAGUGGAAUUCGGACCCGGAGCCUUCUCGCAUUUCCGCACCUUGGUGACUUGGAGGGACGCUGAGCACAGGAUAAAUCUCUCAGCUGCUGAGUUGGGAACGUGUAAAUUAGAGUAA